GUCGUAGUGGUUUCUCAUUCAUCCUCUCAGUUGUCUUGUUCGUGUCGACACUCGACACCAAGUUGCACCAACUAGCUUGCUACUGGUAGCUACUGUUGCUUUCAUCUUGUUCAGAGAUACCAGUACGGUACAAAUCCAUCGGCGUCGGUGGUUCUGCAUUCAGAAGUGUUCUGUACUUGUUUUCGUCUUGGCGUUUUGGAAAGGAUCCUCAGGGCUCGCAGAAAUGGCAAGCUCUAAACCCCAACGCAAAGUUUUUUCUUCUUUGGAAGAGAAUCAACAACCCAGCAAGCGCCCAAAGAAGUCACCAUCGGAUGAUUUGAUCUGUCCCAUCAGUUUGGAAUUGCCAUGGGACCCAGUCAUUGCAGAGGAUGGACGAGUCUAUGAACGGGAAUCCAUUGAGGAACACAUUGGGCACGUUAAGAAGAACUCCAGAGAUCUCAGAUCACCAUUCACCAAUGAUUUCAUGGGUAGCAAGCUCUUGCCAGCAAACUGGGUUCAAAACCACAUUGAUACUCUGGUGGAGUCUGGUGUCAUUGGUGGAGAAUUGGCUGACAAGUGGAAUGAAAAGGUGGAGCAGAAGAAACUGUUGGAGAAGGCAGAAAGGGGAGAUGCAGAUGCCAUGUGCACAGUUGGAUUUAACUAUCAGAGUGGCAGUGAUGGUUUCAAGGAAGACCUUGAGGCAGCCUUUCGGUGGUACAAGAGAGCUCAUGAGGGCUAA